AGUAUUGGUUUUUUAGUAGCGGGGGCAGUCGCCUAAUCAGCUCCUUUUGGAAUGGCAGCGUCAGAAAGUGAUCAUGUAAUCACUGUAGUCGUUCACGCACUUUGUUCGUGGUUGGUCGCGCAUCAAAACGUAAUCCGAGACACACUGCAGCCGCACACGUAGGGAACGCCGCCGCCGUCGUUGUCGCCUUCGUCGUCGCUUUCAAUUGGAUCGGGAAUCGAACUCCCAAAUUAGCGCGGUUCAAAUUAACCAUAACAAUGUCAAUAACAAUUACAGCAACGAGUAGCAAUUAAAUUACAAUUGAAAACAAGUUGACAGCAGGAUUUAAUUUGUCAAGUGGUUGUUGUUGCUGUUUCGAAGCGCGUCCAUCCGAGAACCGAACCUCGUCCUGGUGUUUCCCGCGCGUCAUGGAAUUUAGUGGCUUUACCAACUUGUGCUAAUUUCGGUACUCUUGUGCAUCCGGAAUGUGUAUUGAGGAUUACGGAUUUAUCUUUAGUGGUUCCGGGUGAUAAUUAACUCAAUUGCUUGGAGGGACAUCACAUCCAAGAAUACUGUGAACAAGGCGAAUUCGGUGGUCGAGUGCGUGGUUGAUUCAGUGAUCGCGCCUUAGACGUGACAAUAUCGCUGGGUGACUCCCGAAGCCCGCAAUCAUUAUUCGUCCUAAUUAUCUCCAAUCUCCGGUCCACUGCCCCCUAAUAAUCGCCUACAAUUGCUGUGUGUAUAUUCCCGCAGGGCUUCAAUGGAGGAUUUGUAAUUAUUGUUUUGCUUCACGGUUUUUCAUGAAUUGCUACAAUAAUUUUAUUACGUGCCCCACCUAAAGGAUUCAAACAUUGAUUUCUCUAAAAUACGUUCCAACCGGCGUCUCAUCCACAAAUUGUUUCCGAGUGAAGCCAUUAAUUAUUGUUUUUUUUCUUUAAUUGUUACUGUGGUCACUACCGUCGUUGUCUGGGGUAUAUUCAUUCAUUUAAUUAUACAAUAGAUCACGUGCUACUGUGGAUAAUUAAUUAUCUGCUUCGGUGUUGCUUUGUUUCUGAAUAAUUUAUUGCUUUCGGAUAGUUUUGCAUUCAAGUGAUUGGAUUUUCGGUAUUCAUAAAGAAAGAUUUAUUGCGAAAAAUUUUUAAAAAAAAUUGAAGUUUCGUUUUCGUUGGGAGGGAAAAAGUGACGGGAAAGUAAUUGUGAAACACGAUAAACAUCACGGGAGCAACGAAACCCUACACUAAUUUUGAAACAGUGGCCUCUAUAGGCGCCAACACGCUUAACUUCACGGAUUUGGGGAGCCCUUACGAGGGCCCCCCUAGUACACCGCAAUCCGGCAUGGAUGCUCCGGACGCUCCACAUACGCCAAAAUAUUUGGAUGGCGGUACGACAACUACAAUGCCCGGAAAAUCAGCGUUUGUUGAACUACAACAGCAUGGAUAUGGUGCUAUUCGAGGUGGCUAUCAACAUUUCGGACCACAAGGUGGACAAGAUUCAGGUUUUCCAAGCCCGCGUAGUGCUUUAGGUUAUCCAUUUCCUCCGAUGCAUCAAAAUUCAUAUUCGGGAUAUCAUUUAGGUAGUUAUGCACCGCCAUGUGCGAGUCCACCAAAAGAUGAUAAAUGUGAAGAUACAGGAUUACGGGUUAAUGGAAAAGGAAAGAAAAUGCGAAAACCUAGAACAAUAUAUAGUUCGUUACAGUUGCAACAACUAAAUCGCCGGUUUCAACGGACACAGUAUUUAGCCCUGCCCGAAAGAGCAGAAUUAGCCGCAAGUUUAGGAUUAACACAGACACAGGUGAAAAUAUGGUUCCAAAACCGGAGGUCGAAGUACAAGAAAAUGAUGAAAGCCGCACAAAGUACAACGGUUGGUAGUGGUAUGCCAUUAGGAGGACCAAACCCUGGUUCACAUAGUCCGAGUCAAACAAUGCACAACAGUGGUAACGGUGGUGGUUCGAAUAGUGGGUCACCGUCACAUUUCCUACCUCCUGGACACAGUCCGACACCAUCAAGUACACCUGUAUCAGAACUUUCACCUGAAUUUCCAUCAACAGGUCUGAGCCCUCCAGCGCAAGUACCAUGGGAACAAAAACCACACUGGGUGGACCAUAAACCACCGCAAAUGGCACCGCAACCACCUCAUCCACCUCCUCAGCCAACACAUGCGUCGCAAAUGGGCAGUUAUGUGCCGCAAUAUUGGUAUCAACCUGAAACUAAUCCGUCUUUAUUAACGUAGGGUGUGGCCAGCCGUUUAACAUCCAACCGAUCCUAUAGAUAAUGCUUACAUUUAACUAUUUGUUUAGUGACAUUCCUCUUAAUUUGUUGUUAGGUUCAUGUAACAUAUUAAAUUUUAAUUUCGAAGUAUACAUAGUGUAAAGUAUUAAAUAACAAAAUAAUUGAAAAAGAAUAUGACAACAAAGUUUUUAAGAAAUAUGCUAGAAAUAGGAAAAUUUUAUCAAGCUCGUAGCCUCACUACAAUGUAUUCCUUAAAAUAUAAAAAAAAUCCGAAAGCUGUGUAAAAUGAUACUUUGCUGAAACUAUUACAAGCCCAGGUCUUUAAGUUAUGCCAGCGCAUAGCUAAAUUUUAAAUAUACUAAAAUGGCGAGUAUUUUGGUCUUCUUCUUAGCUCAAUGGUUUAAUCGGGUAGAUCUCAUAUAUUUUCUUAAUUUUACAGUUAGAUUUCGUGUUUUAUUUAUAAAGUCUGUAAAUUUCAAAAGUGUUUUAAUAAAAAAAAUUGUUAUGAAAUAUUUUUUUCUCCAAACAAUUAACCAAGAAAAGCUGAGGGAAGGAAAGUUUUGAGAAUUAUUUUGCGAAAGGUAUUUUUCUUCAAAAAGUGAGAGAGUUCUGUAGAUAAGAAACAAUUACAUAUACGUUUGUGUGCAAUAUUUUCGACUGUAAAGUAUAUUUUCGCCAAAAUAAUUGUGAGUUUUGCUACCAAUGAAAUUCCUUUUACUAACACCUUCACGCUCAAUUUAGCAGUUGUAUCAACGAGAACUACAUGCAAGGACGAAGAAGCAACUACUUAAAUUUCAUCAUUAACUUUUUCGGGAAUUAAAAUCAAAAAAAUGCUUCCUUUUCCUUGUAUAGCCGUUGCAGAAGUCCGUUUCAGAUUUUGUAAAUAUCUGCUACCCAGUGAUAUUAUAGUAUUUUAAGUUCAGUCAGCUGUUCAGUGGGAGCUUUAUAAAACAAGUUUCACUCGCUUCUGAAAGUAACAACUGACUGGGUUAGGAAAACAAAAUUCCAUCCAACACAAAAGAAAUCCUCCCGUUUCCUACGUGAAACAGAAAACACUCAAAUUGACUUUGGUAAAAUGAAGGUUUUUAUCUCAGAAGAUUAAAAUUUAUUAAAUUUUCAAGAAUUAGUAUUCUAAGGUAAAAUCGAGAAAGAUAGAAGCGAGAAAAAUGCAUAAAGUUUACAAAAUUAAUGAAAUUAAUUUUAACGUAGCAUAAAAUGAACAGAAAAACACAUUAAAUAUCAAAUGAUAUUAAAAGAGAAAAACAACAAAAAUAAACCAAUACAUUGUUUGCGAAAUUUAUGAAUGUGUACAUUAUAUAGAAAGAAUUUAUUAUGCUUAAUGAUAAUAUAAAGAAAUCGGAAAAUCAACUGGAUAAAUAAAAAAAUCUAUAUUAAUAGAAGAGAAACACAAGCAUUCCAAUGAACAAAUUAGUUUUAUCUACGAGUAAUAUUGAUCUGCAAGUGAUGUAUUUAAGUUGCGAUAAGAAAGUUUAUUUUUAUUUUAAUUUGUUUACUGUUGGACUAGGUAUGUAUGCGAAACAGAGAGAAAGUUCAUUGUAUAAUUUUAUGAAAUAAAGUAUUUCAAUGAGAACAAAUGCUACAUAUGAAUUAAUAAAGUAUUCAAGUAGGUAAAAUAAUGUGUAAAAACAAUGUUUAUAAGAUGGUAAAUUACAGAUAAAAAUGAAACAAGUUAAGUGAGGAUAUAAGUGAAAGAAUAAUGUUUUUAUUGUAAAUUAAUUUAAUCUUAUUUUCUAAAAUAAAAUCAAAACCGAAGAGUAAUGGAAGAAUA